AUGACGUCUCGUGAGAAGAGCGUCUACUUCGCCAAGCUUGCCGAGCAGGCGGAGCGCUACGAUGAGAUGGCCGAGUACAUGAAGAAUGUGGGCGAAGCAAAAAGCGAACUCUCCGUGGAGGAGCGCAACUUGCUGUCUGUGGCCUACAAGAACACGGUGGGCUCCCGCCGUGCUGCCUGGCGCAUCAUCACCAGCGUCCACCAGAAGGAGACCGGCAAGGGAAACGCGGAGAACGCCAACUGGGCCAAGGAGUAUUGCAAGAAGGUGGAGGACGAGUUGCAAAGCAUCUGCGACAGAAUCCUUAAACUUUUGAACGAAGAGCUCAUUGGCUCGGCAAGCAGCGGUGAGUCGAAAGUUUUCUACCAGAAGAUGAAAGCCGACUACUACCGCUACAUCGCGGAGUUCCGCGAUGGUGAUGAGAAGAAAGAGGCGGCCGAGAAUGCGCGCAAGGCCUACGAGGCAGCGGCGGAAGUUGCCAACAAGGACCUGGCAGUCACGCAUCCCAUCCGUCUCGGCUUGGCUUUGAACUACUCCGUCUUCCAGUACGAAGUCUUAUCCACUCCCGACGAGGCCUGCAAAAUGGCGCGCACGGCUUUCGAGGAUGCCAUCGCUGAGUUGGACAACGUGGCCGAGGACUCAUACAAGGACUCGACGCUCAUCAUGCAGCUGCUACGCGACAACCUCACACUGUGGACGUCUGACCAGGAGGGGGCGGCCUAA